AUGUGUCGAGGAGGCAAAAAUGUCUCACAUCGUUUGGCAUCCAGAGCUGGACUUCUUCUGGUCGCCUGCUGCGCGUGCGCUCUUCUCUCUUCGUCGCCGCUUCCCACGCGGCGGUAUUUCCUGACGUUCGGUCUCGCCAGCAAAGUAGUCGUCGAUGGAGAGGCGGAAAAAGGCAAUUUGGAUGUCUCAGUUCAGCAGGAUGGGCGGGACAACGGGGACGCCGACAGUCUUGACCCAAUUGAUGGGUCCCCGGCGGCAGCGGUCGAGGCGGGCGGCUUGGCUGCCGUACAGCAACAGGGUCGCAGUUCCCGCGGAUCGAGUGUCUCGUACACCGUGUCCACCCAGCGUAGGGCGUCAAAAAGCCGGUAUGUGUUGCCUGCGGUCCUCAUUUCUGCCCUUGCAGCAGCUGGAAUGAUGGGCUACGUCACGCCCAAGAAAACGCCCGCCCCCGAGAAAACAGAUGUCGAGACGGUCGCUGCCCGCGCUGGUGCCGAGCAAUUCGACUCGGAUGCCACAACCGAGCAAAAAAGCGCGGAAAUCGCACAAGAAACCGAGGAACCCAGCCGGCGUCGCAAGCAGGCUGCACUCGUGGCCGCAGUGCUGGUAGCGGCGGCCGUCUACGGUCUGCGUUCGUCUCUCUUGGGGGUUGACAAGGUGUCUUCGCCGACGGCACUCCAGGGGCUCCUAAAAAAACCAGAAAGCAUGCACGGCAUUGAUCCUGAUGCCUCCGUCGACUUCCAACCAGACGCGUCGGUCGAGCGGCAAAUGGAAGUGCCGGCCGAAGGUGCGGGUGAUGAAGUGCGAGGUUGGCAGCAUUUAGUCCGGGACUUUUCGGCGAUGUUAGCGGGAGAAUAUGCGCUAUCCCCGCGCGUCGGAGCGGUGGCCUCGGCUGUUGCACUUGGGCUUCUCGCCUUCUCGCUGGCAGCUGCUCGACGGGCAUCGCGUCGGAGACAACAGCAAGGGGAAGAGCGUCCAGCGUCACCAACAGCGGGCGAGGAACAGGCGGAUCCGGUGCCUGCUGAGGCCGCUGCUCCGGCAGCUGAACCCGAGCAGAUUCCCGAGGCGGAACCUGAGAAGCCGAAGGAGGAGGAGGUUCCUCCUGUGGCCGCCCCUGCGGAUAUGCCGGAGGAAGUGCCCGAGGAACGCAAGCAGGAGGAGGCUGGUGGUGAGGCGUUGGGCGAGGAUAGGGGAGAGCCUACGAAAGAGAGAGGCCCAGCGUCCGAGGAUGAGUUUGAAGCUGAAGAGGGUCCAGAGCAGGAAAUUGUCGUAGUUGCUGUUCCGCCAUUGCCUCCAAGGCCGCGGACAAAGCUCGAGACGCUCUGGGAGGACGGAGAGGACGGGGAGGCGUCUGACGAAGAAAAACUUGCGAAUAUCAAAACCGCCGUGCGGAACUCGGUGAGAAGAUGGAAGAACCAGAUAGAGAUAUAUCGAACUCAGGCGAAAAAGCUGGACGCCGAGUUCAAGUCCACGUCGACCCGCCUGGAUGAGGUCAAACUGACCAGGCAACCGAUCGUGCAGAGAAAACUGGAGACCAAGUUGGAGCAGUUGUCGCAGACACUAGCAGAUCAGUACGAGCUUACGCUGGUCAUCUCCGCACUCCAGCGCAUCUCUCUCUCGCUCCUCCAUGUCGUGGAAGACGCGGCUACAGUUACGGGGGACCACGGUCGAAUUGCACAGUUCCGGAUCAGCGCCAGUGCGAGCCUGGCCAGUAUCCUGGUCUCCCUCGAGAAGGUUCGGUUGGAGGCUUUGGAGGCACAAGAGGGUCGGGGGGAAGUGCAAGCCGGUGGUGCAUCGUUGGGACUCGCGAGUUCGGCGUUACGCAGUAUCGAUCUCAUCAAGCACCAGUCCAAGAAACUGCUGCUACUUGUUUCUCUGCUGGGGGCGGAGCCGAAGACAGGCGCGCCGCCCAAGACAGAGCCGAAAGUCGACAACAUGCUGGAGGCACAAGCCGCAGAGCUCAGAAGUGAACUGAGCAAAACGGAGGAGGCCUCCGCCUUGCGGGAACAGGAGGCGGCACUGCUCGCGGCGCUGGAGUCCUCUCUACGUAGGGCCCAAGCCUUCUUUGCGAAAGAAGCAAAAGUGGCCGCGGAGUUUCUACUGCAGUUCGGAAGUGCAACGUUACCUGGAGCAGCCGCCACGCUAACAGAGCUUCAGGACGAUCUGAGACUUCGGCGCAUCAGGGUCACCAACGUGGAAAGUGAACGCAAGGCUGUCCGCGGCUUAAAAAGCACUAUCAUAGAAAAGCAGACCGCGCUUGAGAAGAAACGAAAGGAACUAACGUCCGCACUGGAAGAAGUGGAAAAGAAUAUCAAGGGAGAGUAG